AUGCAGCGGGGUCGGGAGGAGGGCGCCCGGCGACGCGCUGCAAAACAGAACCAAGAACUCCAAGACCAAAAGCGCGCUGGCGAGGGCAGCACCGCCGCGGCCGGGCCACAAGACAAAGCUGCUGGCCCUGAAUUGGACGUUUCGAUACCAGCCGGCGCUACUGUCCCUAGCCCAUCACUUCCCACCCGAGAUGUCGCCAAUGAUCCGCCGCCAUUAUCACAGCCGCCGAGCACACCAUCAUCCGAUCUCGAAACCUCAUUCGAUCAGUCCCCAUACACCCCCGCGACGACUCCCUCGCCCCGCAGAGCACAGUCCGACUCGAGGACUGGUAAACGCAACAUAUGCACCGCCUCCAACUCCACUACCGCAAAGACGGCGAACUUACCCCAUACCACCACUAAACAUACAAAAAGAGGUCGCGCUGCUUCAGAACAAUCCUGUGAGGAUGAGAUUAUUGCAAUAGGUGAAGCUUUACUACGAUAG